AUGUCCAAAGCAUCGUUCUUACGAGAGUACAAAAUUGUCAUUGUCGGUGGAGGCGGCGUCGGUAAAUCCGCCCUAACCAUCCAAUUUAUUCAGUCCCAUUUUGUGGAUGAAUACGAUCCAACCAUCGAAGAUUCAUACCGAAAGCAAUGUGUAAUCGAUGAUGAGACCGCUUUGUUGGAUGUAUUGGAUACAGCUGGUCAAGAAGAAUACAGUGCUAUGAGAGAGCAAUAUAUGCGCAACGGCGAAGGCUUCAUUCUUGUGUACUCUAUAACAUCACGACUUUCCUUCGAAGAGAUCAACACCUUCUACCAGCAAAUCCAGCGCGUAAAGGAUCGCGACUUUUUCCCCAUGGUAUUAGUUGGUAACAAAUGUGAUCUUGAAGGUGACAGACAGGUCUCCAGCCAAGAGGGCCGCGACCUUGCUAAACAGUUCGGUUGUCCGUUCCAUGAAACGUCCGCAAAGCAGCGUAUCAGAGUGGAUGACAUCUUUUACGAAGUGGUACGAGAAAUCCGUCGCAUGAACAAAGAACAGGAGCAUCGAGCAAAAGGGGGUCAUCGCGAACAUUUCGCCGUGGAAGAGGACAGCCAGAACAGCAGUUGUUGUGGAUGUGUGCUGAUGUGA